CAAGGAAGGUCCUAUUGGCUGCGCUGUCGAUAGGUUGCGACGUCAAAAUGGCUGCGAAUCAGCCUGGGAUUCACAUCCCUUCCGCAGCCAACAUAGGUCCAGCUGAAACGUCACGCUGCCUGCCACCCCCCGAAGUGGAUUUACACGUCUCUUCUGCCGCGUCUGAACGUCACGCUUGCUGCGGCAUGACGUCAUCUUCCACGUCAUUUCGGCAGCGACCGGGCAUCCCUCCGAGGUUUGGUCACGCCGGCCUCAGCGUCGCCCGGGCUUAAAAGUCGCCUUGGCCGCGAGCUCUCGGGGCUUGGCGGUCGUUUCCGCCGCGACGUGAUGUCGGGGCAGGGCCACAUCCGCGGGCAUUCCUGUCCCUGCAGCGGGGACCAGACCUCACCGGGGCCGGUGGGAUAGGACAGGAGCCCCUCGCUGGAUGGGACGGCGGUGGUGUAGGCGGUCCAUCCCUGAGCCGACUUCCUCCUGCAGGAACACGGCUUCGUGCAGAAGUUCCAGCCCCGGCCGGGCUGGCUGGCCUUCCUGGGGGCGGCGGGCCAGGUCCUGCUGUGCGUCCUGAGGCAGCUCCCCUGACCGCAGGGACCCCGGGGGUUGGGAAACCUGGACUCUUGCGCGAGGGAUUGCCCACACCCACUUCUCCUCCUUUUGCACAAACAACACUCGUGAGGCAACCGGACGGGUCCGGGGCCGUGGACACCUUUCCCCCCUUUCCGCAAAUAAAUCGAAUGUACAUCUCUGCGGCGUCCGCGUCUUGCCUGGGAGCCCAGCGAGGGGCUAAGAGGAAGGUGAUCGCCCACAGUCAGUAUCAGAAGUCCCAGAGAAUCUCCAUCUUCCUGAGCAUGCAAGACGAAAUCGAGACCGACGAGAUCAUCAAGGACAUCUUCCGCCGCGGCAAGACCUGCUUUAUCCCCCGGUACCGGUUCCAGAGCAAUCACAUGGACAUGGUGAGGUUGGCAUCGCCUGAGGAGAUUGCUUUGCUUCCUAAAACAUCCUGGAAUAUUCAUCAGCCCGGUGAGGACGAGGCUCGGGAGGAGGCCUUGUCGACAGGCGGCCUGGACCUCAUCUUCAUGCCGGGGCUCGGGUUCGACAAGCAAGGCAACCGGCUGGGCCGGGGCCGGGGCUACUACGACGCCUACCUGAGGCGCUGUGAGCAGCACCAGCAGGCGAAGCCCUACACCAUGGCCUUGGCGUUCAAGGAGCAGAUUUGCGAUCAGGUCCCUGUGGACGAACAUGACAUGAAGGUAGAUGAAGUCCUCUACGAAGACACCCCCUGAGUCCCGCUGCCGCAGCCUGAUGCGGGCCUGAGAGAGGGGCACACAGAGGAUGUGCAUGUCCCGUCAGGGGUCCGUCAAAAUUGCACACCACUGGGAACGCGGGCUGCAUUGUUUUAUUAUAAUUACAAGAUACAUAACCCAAAAUCACCUUUAAAAAUUAAUAGAGCUGCCCUGGCCGGUUUGCCCUAGUGGAUAGAGCGUCGGCCUGCGGACUGAAGG